AUGCGCCGCUCCGACCCCCCCACCCCACGCGUGCUCUCGGCCUUCAAGCCGCGCAGUAUAUUCUCGCAGAGCAGCACGACACUGUCGUCAACCCGCAGCUGGCGCUCGUCCACCUCGACAUUCGCGCGCUUCAAGCUCGGCGUGUGUGAGCCCAAGGCCAGCGGGCGGGUCACGAGCUCAAGCUCGCCGCCGCGCGUGCUGGAGACGCUGGCCGAUGUGGCUGAGCACUCGGGCAUCCGGUACGAGCAAGUCGUCUGGGCACGGGUGGACAUCCGCCGGUCGGCCACAGGCGAGCACGAGGUUGUGACCACUCCGAUUCUGCUCAGCAUCGCGCACUAUCCCGAGCCCGAGGUCACCGGCGCCGGGGUUACCUGGCUCACGGGGAACGGGGGCGACGUGCGGUACGUCCCAAUCGCGCGCGGAGGCGUGCAGCGGCAGGAGGUGACGGGUGACGGGCCACACGACUUCCUCCUGCCCUCGGGAGUUGAGAAGGUGAUCAUCAAUGUCGGCAGUGAUUGCAACUUGCUCCGGUUCAACCUUCCACAAGACGUGGUCGAGCUAGUGGUCACUAUUGGUGACGACGCCUUAGAAAAGCCGGACGGCCUAGACACGAUCGCGGACAGCAUCUACGAGAGUACCCGGCAGCUCCUGCACGACGGCCUCACCCUCCGCAUCGUCGGCUCCCAUGCUACCGGGCUGGCAACAGCGCUCCGGGAGCGCCUGACCGCAGAAGUAUGCCCACCGCAAGCCACCGCUAACGCCCAGCGGCAAGCCCUCUUCCAUGCCGAACAAGCCCGCAUCGAGUCAGGCCAAGUCCCCACCUGGCUCGCUGCCUCGGCGCCCGACCAGCGCGAAGCACGCCUCCGGAGCUCGUACCUCGACGACAUUGACCAGUGUAUCGUGUCUCACAGCCGCGCAGAGUACGCCGAGGCUGUCGGCGCCGAGGUGUACGCGCUCGAGAUGGGCGAGGCUGGGCGCUGAGGGGCACACACGCGCGCCUAUGUAUAGGAUCGGAGCCUGGGCGAGGGUGCGACGGCCGCGAGGACUCCGUGGGGGCGAUAAGGGCGCUGCGGACGGACAGUGCGGUGACC